GGACCAGAGAGCAUUGAUCUGCUGAGUGGACUAAAGAUGGGGAGCAAGGUAGUUGGCUGGAGGCUAACAGAGGAGACUGGGGAGCCAUCUUGGAUACCCAGACGGGUGCAGCCAAGGGCCCAGGCGACAACGUCAUUGAGCAUGGCAGGAACAAAGGCGACAUAGUGGAGGUCAGUGGAAGGGACAGCGUCCUUAAUUCUGGGCUGGGGAACAACACUGUUAACCYCYACCAGAAACAGACAGURGAACACAAACCAACAACCGAACUUAGUCUCCAUGACAACAGACUUGCUGAGACCAGGGCAAGGCCUAGAUUUGGUCUGCGAGGACAGGGAGGUGUCGGUGUGAGUUGGGAGAGAACAGACAGAGACUCAGCUACUGAUGCUCCAUCCUGCUCCUAUAGUUUUGAUUCAGAGAUACUGAUUGAUGACUCCUCAGGAUAACCCCCUAACAGAUGCUGCCUUCAGCCUGCCUUCUAUAGGAUCUAUCAACUGGAACAUGGACCCUGCGACAACACAGACACUUCCUGGCCUUCGUCCUCCUCACACUCUCCUAAUGUUWAACCAGAACUCAGACAAUGCCAYUGCCUCAACACUAAAUGGCUACACAAGCCCAUUGACAAAUGACAGUAGUAGUAACGCUAUCAGCAGAUCUGGUGGCAAAGAGAAGCAUUUCUCGUGUUCGUUCUGCGGGAAAGCCUUCAGUUUCCCCAAACAGGUGGAGAUCCACCAGAGGAUGCACACAGGGGAGAGACCUUUCAUCUGUACCCAYUGUGAUAUGCGCUUCGCUCAGGCUGGUCACCUGAAGAGACACCAGAGGGUCCACACAUUGGAGAAACCCUACAGCUGUCCCCAGUGUGAGCAGAGGUUCUCCCACCAGCACCAACUGAAGAGGCAUCUAAAGGUCCACACGGGCGAGAGGCCGUUCCCCUGUAUGUACUGCGGGGAGAGCUUUUCAGAGAGGAGCUACCUCAGGAUACACCAGCAGAAAAUGCACACGGCCCAUGUAUAGAGGAUAGUGACAUGUAAUGUAGUACUAGUUWGUUUGUAGUUCAUUCUGUUGAGAUUGGAUUUAUAGUAUGAUGAGGCGGAGUAGAUGAUAUGGUGAUGUAUGGUGAUGGUUGGUGUGAUUGUGUCUGUAAAAAUGCUUCACUGAUGAAGAGUGACAAACUUUGUCCCUUUAGGUUGAUGCCGGUGUUUUAUAAUGAGGAAAUGAUUUUCAAAAUGAGGGUACCAGAUUUACAGAAAAAGUAAAAAGAGAA